AUGCCAGAACACGUACAAACAGAGGCUCACAGAGAGUGCGGAGCUAACGGCACAUGGCUGCAUGGAAACUGGACGAACUACACCGAGUGCCUCGGCCUGUUGCCUCAGUCCGGACCAAGCAGCAUCCCGGCCAUUGCCAGCUACAUCCUGCUCGUCUUCUCUCUUCUUUCUCUGGUGGCCCUUGGAAUCACGCUCUUCAUCUUCAGCUACUUCAAGUCCCUGCAGUGCUCUCGCCUCCGCGUGCACAAGAAUCUAGUGGCGUCACUCAUCGUACACUCGGUGUUGCUGGCUGUCAUUUCUUUCCCGGCUGUCUUGGGACCGCGAUGGACUACGUACAGUCACGUGGACUGGCUGUGCAAGAGCGUGCUGUCUCUGAAGCUGUACGCGGCGAUGGCGUCCAUUAACUGGAUGUUCGUCGAGGGACUCUUACUUCACUCCAGAAUCGCCGUCUCGGUCUUCCAGCAGGACGCACCUUUCAAGCUCUACUACCUCAUCGGAUGGGGUCUUCCGGCAGUGUGCGUGCUUGCCUGGAGCCUAGUCAUGGAGUCUCGAAUGAAAACUCAUUGCUGGCGAGGGUACGGUCACUCACCGUUUGUCUGGAUUAUCAGCGGGCCUAUGAUGAUGGCACUGUUGAUCAACACGGUGUUUCUGAUCAACAUCAUCCGGAUCUUGCUGACCAAGUUGCAGUCAAACACCUCUAUCGAGACCAUGCAGCUCAGGAAGGUGUCCAAGGCGACGGCGCUGCUGUUCCCGCUGCUGGGAAUCACGCAUCUGUUCUUCUGCAUCAACCCCCGUGACGACGCGCACUUCGAAAGCGCUUACGUCAUCUGUAACGCACUGCUCCAAUCUUCGCAGGGACUGUCAGUAUCUAUCCUCUACUGCUUCGUCAACUCAGAGGUGCAAACCGCUGUGCGCAACGCCUACCUGCAGGCGCUCAUCCGACGGAACCCGAACCGCUACUCCCGGGGCCGGGGACUGUCCCAGAGCUACUCGACCUACUGCGAGGGUUCCUCCCUGGCGCCGGACCUCCACCCUCACGCUCACCACAAGGUGGCGCCACUGCGCAAGGCCUACCCGCCCAUCCGGCGCUACUCUGAAGUGGAAGUCGAAGCUCUGUCGUCCAUCGGACCCCCGAGAAUCACGCACACGCCGCUGCCACCGCCGCAGGCGUCCGCCGUCAAGUGGGACCGCAACUGCUACUUCUGAGCCGCCAAUCCGGCGGUGGCGCUACAGGAACGCGAUGGCGCACCAACUGAGGGGCGUGAGGACCGCGAGUGAGCACACCGUGACGGUCGGCAGAAAGUAUCUUCAGGAUGUUUUCCUGGCGAGGGAAAGGAACGGGUUUUUGCCAAACGAAUCCGCGUACGCCCACACGAGGUGUGGCCACUGUACUUGCGCGGAAAACAAAAAUCUCGCGAAGUGAACCAUCUGCGCGUGCGCACUGCCGACAGCAGAGCUACCACAGCGUCCAUACGUCUGAACCGCUCGUUGGUCUAUACGAUCCCAGUAAAACGGAUGCCUGACCCGUACUGAAGAAAUCAAAGGCAGGAUGGUUUCUGACCAAGGUUAGGCGAUCGCGGACGCGGUGUCCGGAUACCUUUCGUGAAAAAUAUGAAGGGCAUGCUUCACGAUGGAGGGAACUAAA